UAUUAUGUUGUUGUUGUGUAGCUGCAUGGCAUGAUAUACGAAGCGUGUCAGAGAGGCAGCUGCGUUACAUUGGUAUAGCUCUUCAGCAGCAGCAGCAGCAGCAGUCGGCGUAUAUACGAGCACGAGUCGCGGUUGAAUGAACGAGUUUGUGCGUGUCUCUCUCCUUCCAAGAGCGGAGCGACUUAUUAUAGACUCGACGCGCGCGAUUGCGGAUUCGAGCGAGACAAUAACCGACUCCGAAGUUGAUGAUCGCAAAAAAGUUGGAGUUGUGUAUAACAGUGCCUCCUCUCUCCUCGUGACAAUAUCUUUUCACGCUGCCGAUGCUCGCGAAAAAACAUAAUGAAAUGACGAUAUAACGCUACGAGCCCGCCCGCGCGCAAUUUUAUAAUAUGGCGAUAAUCGACGUUUAUCGUAGCGAUCGCGAAAUCUCAAUUAUCGUCGCUGCGAUCGACGUCGAGCAGUGCUGCACGUCGUCGUCGAAAUUAUUAUACAUCAGCGGUGGUGGUAACAACGGCAGCGGAACAGCAGACAAGAAGCAGCGGCUUACGCCGACGACGACGACGUUAUUAAGCGUCGACAAAUCGUAAUCAGAGCAAACAGUAGAUAAUAAGAAAAAAAGCAAGCACAAGAAAAGAAAAAAAAGUGUCGUCGCGAGAGAGAGAGCAGAAGAGGGGACAAAAAAGUACGUGCGAGCGAUUCGCGAGGCACACACGCGCACACAAUCGCUCUCUUUUUUUCCUAUUAUUUUUUUUUCCUUUUUUUUUCUAUGAUACAUAGUAUCUCUCCAAGCACUGCUCCGAAAGAGAACCUAUCCUCUCGCGAGGCGUUCGCGACUCAUGUGGUGUAUCGUCCAUACAGUACGUGUUAUACGUAAAUAUACAAAGUGCUACAAUACGAGUCAGUGCAGCAGCAGCAGUCGCGCGAUAUAUAUGUAGCAGAUCAGUACAUGUACAGCACGCGUUACAGUACCAUAUAGCCGUCGUCGACUCGUCGUCGUCGUCGUGUGUGCUGCAGUACAGUGCAGCGGAUCGUCGUGUGUGCAGUAGCGACGAGGCACAAGAGACGGACAAGAGGAAGAAUAAGAAGAAGAAAAUAGUCGUCUCGUGGCUUUGUUUUAUCUGCGGAAUCAUAUAUACACACAUACCACAUCCCAAAGUGUCGUGUGCCAACUACUCUGUGCCUCUGUUAUAGUGCGUGUGCGUGCGUGCGUGUGUGUUUUUCUGUGCUCGUGUGCAAAGGGACACACGACGGCAGCAGCAGCCAGAGAAUAACCCCGCAACGAGAGACAGAUUAUAAAUAUUCCAAGAUACUGCAAGAAGAAGAGGCGCGAGCAUGGCCGCGGCAGCAGCGGGAGCAGCUGCAGCUGCAGCAGCUUUAAAUGCCAAUGCCUUGUCCAGUGACAUUAGCAGGCGCAAUCCUCAGGACGAGUACGAGCUCAUCCAGAGGAUCGGCAGUGGCACUUACGGCGAUGUCUACAAAGCCAAGAGGCUCUCCAUGAGUGAUUUAGCUGCAAUCAAGGUCAUUAAACUUGAGCCUGGUGAUGACUUUGCUGUAAUACAACAAGAAAUUCUCAUGAUGAAAGACUGUAGACACCCAAAUAUCAUUGCCUACUUUGGUAGUUAUUUGAGAAGGGAUAAAUUAUGGAUUUGUAUGGAGUACUGUGGCGGAGGAUCUCUACAAGACAUCUAUCACAUUACUGGUCCUUUAACAGAAAUCCAAAUAGCAUACAUGUGUAGAGAAACUCUACUUGGUUUGGCGUACCUGCAUGGUAUGGGAAAAAUGCACAGAGACAUUAAAGGAGCCAAUAUUUUAUUAACUGAAUCUGGUGAUGUGAAACUUGCCGACUUUGGUGUUUCUGCUCAGAUAACAGCUACAAUAAAUAAGAGAAAAAGCUUUAUUGGCACUCCUUACUGGAUGGCCCCAGAGGUGGCAGCUGUUGAAAGAAAAGGAGGAUACAAUCAACUAUGUGAUAUAUGGGCUAUUGGUAUUACAGCAAUUGAAUUAGCAGAAUUACAGCCUCCUAUGUUUGAUUUGCAUCCUAUGAGGGCACUAUUUUUAAUGUCAAAAUCUGGCUUCAAACCACCAACGCUGAAGGACAAAGAUAAAUGGAGUCCAACAUUCCAUAACUUUGUCAAAGUUGCUCUCACAAAAAAUCCCAAAAAGAGGCCUACAGCAGAAAAACUUUUGCAACAUUCAUUCUUCCAAAGUGAUAUGAGUAGGCGCCUUGCCUUGGAAUUGUUACAAAAAGUGUCUAAUCCAAGCCAUAUGUUUAACGAGUUAGAACCAGAUGAAGAUGGUGCAGUACCAAAUGUACCCCAGCGCAUUGCAUCUAGACUAACAGCUAAACCAAGACCAAAGAGCCCUGUUUCAGAUUUAGACAGUGAGGAUCAAUUUAAUUUAUCACAAGAUGGAACUUUACAAAGGGAUAAAAAGUCGCCUUCAGUAGAUAAUAAUCCAGCUUGGGAUAUUGUAGACAUUAUGAAUAAUGUUAAGACUGCUCACAACUGUGAUGUCCAUCCAGACAGGCUAGGAUCUGUUUUUGAAGAUGGACAAGAGAAGAGUCUAUUGCAGUACAUUGAUGAGGAGUUGUUGCUAAGGGGAAAUGCGAUUGCCGGGCAUUGCGACCAGCUGUAUUCGCUGCAAGCUACGCUGCCACUAGGAGAGACUACCAACGACUGCGAUCGAAGCUUUUACGACAAUCUAAGAGGUGUACAAAGCGCGGAUUGGACAGCCUCUUCGGGCGUCGCAGCAGCAGCAACAACAACAGCUACACCGACUACAACGACGACGACGACGUCGUCGAGCAGCGUCAACAACAACAAUGGAAGCAGUCCACGUAAUCGUUUGCACAGCUCGAUGGAGGACCUGUCGACGACGUUCUCGAAUUCGACGUUGACGCGACUCCAGCAAAAUAAUCAUCUGCAGCCUCAGGGACAAAUGAGGCAACGAUCUCUCUCCGAUAGCCAUAGACGCAAUGACACUCAUGGGGACAGCGAGACGUCGGAAAAUGGCGAAGUCGGAGACGGUCCGGACCUAUUGUCAGAUACACCACCAGUGCCACCAAGACGCAGGGAUCGUAAGAGACACACGCCGCCCAGGCCCAUAAGCAACGGAUUGCCACCCACGCCAAAGGUCCACAUGGGAGCUUGUUUCUCCAAGGUAUUCAACGGUUGCCCUCUGCGAAUACACUGCACGGCCAGCUGGAUUCAUCCGGACACGAGGGACCAGCACCUGCUGAUCGCCGCCGAGGAAGGCAUCUACAAUCUGAACCUGAACGAGCUGCACGAGACGGCGAUCGACCAGCUGUACCCGAGGCGAACGAUCUGGAUGUACGUGAUCAAGGACGUGCUGAUGUCGCUGUCGGGCAAGACGCCCCAGCUCUACAGGCACGACCUGCUGGCGAUGCAGAGCAAACAGACGCACAGGUUCUCGCUGCACAUGAACAAGAUACCCGAGCGACUGGUGCCGAGGAAGUUCGCCCUGACGACGCGGGUGCCCGACACCAAGGGCUGCACCAAGUGCUGCGUCGGCCGCAAUCCCUACAACGGCUACAAGUACCUGUGCGGCGCCAUGCCCAACGGCAUCUUUCUCAUGCAGUGGUACGAUCCGCUCAACAAGUUCAUGCUGCUCAAGCACUUCGAGUGCCCGCUGCCGAAUCCGCUCAACGUGUUCGAGAUGAUCAUCACGCCCGAGAUGGAGUACCCGAUGGUGUGCGUCUCCGUGAAGCAGACCUUCCAGCAGAACAACAAGCUCAAGCUCGACCUGAUCAACAUGAAUUCCGGAGCCAGCUGGUUCCACAGCGACGAGCUCGAAGAAGUCGACGGCACAGCCACAGUCAUUCCACGAAGAGAAAAUCUUCAAGUAGUUAGUGUGCAACAGCUGGAGAAGGAUGCCAUUAUUGUUUGUCACGAUAAUUGGGUAAAGAUCGUGAAUCUUAAUGGAAAACCUCGCAUCAGCAAAAAACAAUUAGCAGAGUUACAAUUUAAUUUCAAGAUAGAAUCGAUAAUUGUCUUGCCAGACAGUGUAUUAGCCUUCCACAAAUACGGUAUGCAAGGUCGCAGUUUCAAGAAUGGCGAGGUCACGCAAGAAAUCAGCGAUCCGAGCCGUACCUACAAACUGCUGGGUUCCGAUAAAGUGGUCAUGCUGGAGAGUCAUCUAGUGCACGCGGGCACACUGAACGAGAGCGACGGAGCUGAUCUCUACAUACUCGCUGGGCACGAAGCGAGUUACUGAAGCAACGCUCACUGCGUACAUCGUAUACAUAUGAUUACUUUUUUUUUUUUAUAUUACCAGGCGAGCUUCAUCAUUAUUAGUUUUUAUUAACUUUAUUUUAUAAAUAUAACUUUUUAUUCAAUCAAUAUGUUGCAGACUGAAAAACUAAACGAUUAAAAUAUCUUAUACCUAGAGUUUAGAGAAAGACCGGUAAUAAAUGCCGUGUGAAAAAAAAUAUUUUAGACGAAUUCAUAAUUUCACUUUUGAUAAAUAACAAUUCAAGGAUUGCAUCGGUAAUUCUAUGCAUUUUUUGCAUUCCUUGAAAAAAAAAGUUAUUUGUUUUACGCCGACGAUGAAGCAACGAUAAUGUUCGAGUGACCGAUGGAUUGCGCGCGUAAUAACUUGUUAUUGUAAAAAAAGAUUUCUUCCUUGAAACGGAGAAUUACCAAAUCGAAUGCAUUUUAAAUUGUAUGUAAAAAUUGAAUACAUAUCUACGACGAGUGCCACUAAGCAACACCAUCGUAUCCGUUUCAAUACGUAACUUGUGACUCUUUAGUCUGUAUGUGCGCAGUGUAAAAAAAACAAGAAAAAAAGAUGUAUUAAGCUACGUGCGAAUAUAUGGGACAAUAAAACGAUGUAAAUGUUCAAUUAUGAUAAAAGAAGGCAACUCACAAAUAAUUCGACUAAUGUAGUUCAAAGAUGAGAAAUGUGUGUAGUUAACGAGUGAUAGUAGCAAAACAAGGAAAUCAAAAAAGAAUAAUCGACAGACCUAUCAAAGUUCGUGAGCUUAAAUAUUUACAAAACUAAAGGACCUAUGCAACUAGAAAAGACUUAUCGCGUAGCAUUGUAUAGAAUGUAUGUAAUAACAGAUGCUGGUUAAAAAAAUUACUAGGAACGAAAUUAAAUUUCGAAAUUAUCAUGAAAAUCUUUCAAUUUAGCUAUCUAAAAGAAAAGUAUGUACCUGUCAACAACCGUUAGAAUUUUUGGUCUUGAAAGGAAAGCUUAUCGCCUUCGUAGUUCCGCUUUCAAGUUAGAAUAUCUUUCUGCAGUCAAACUCAACUUACCAAUUGACAUUUUUUGAACAUUAUUGAAGCGUUACGUAAAUCAAAAGUAGUCUACGAGAUUUUGACUAGUUACAUAUGCAUCACGAUUAUAAUGUUGACUAUAGAUAGCGAAAUUAAAAAAA